AUAUUAUGUCAAAAGUCAAAUCUGCCAGUGAUAAAUUUUAAUUUGCAAUUUCGUAAAUAGUUAAACGUGUAAAUAACUAAAUUGUAAAUACCCAGUGCCACUUAUCACAAUGGAAGCAAAAGAAGUUUGCGCCGCUAUAGAAAAUGAUGAAUUCUACAGUAAAUUCCUAGAAGCGACUGUUAAACCGAUCACAACAGAUAACAUUUCGGUAACUGACCAAGUUACCAAACUAACAGACGGCAUAAAUAAACUAACAAAAAGUCUAGAAACUCAAGUUCUAGCAAAACACAAUGACUUAUUAACGCAAGCCAGCCACAUUUCAGAUUUAGAAACUAUGUUAGAAUCGGUAAAAGUGCAAGAAGAAACGCUUUUACGUGGCACAGAGGGUUUAGCUGAAGGGGUCUAUGCUUCUUACGAUUCCUUAGAAAACCAAACACGUAUGCUUGAAAGAGUGCAAAUAACGUGUCAACUACUGCGACAUGCAUCUAAAAUAUUGGCUCUAUGGAACAAACUGCAAACUAUCCAAGAAAAUCCGGCUAAAGAAGCAAUGCUUUUGUACGAGUUAAACGAAUUGUUUGGUGACUAUGAUUUCGAUGAAAUUAUCUUAUUGGAUGAUGUACUGAAACAAGUACGACAAAGAAGAACGGAAUUACUAAAUAAUUCAACAGAAUUGUUACAAAGCAGUUUACUAAAUGGAGAUAGAACUAAACUCUUACAAUGUUUUAAGGUGUUCCACAAUUUACAAUGUACUAGCGAACAGAUAAACAACACAGUCAAAACUAUCCUAAAAGAUCUACAAAAAGAAAUACACACCGCUUUGAAUAUACAAAUGGUGUCUAUAGAAGUUAAGAAAUCAUCAUCAGGGCGUGUUGCACCAGGCAAAGCAAAUAUAAUGAAUGCACAAGAUUUUAAAAUAAAACUAUGGGAUAAUAUAGAGAAGUUAUUCACUGGUAGUAUUUAUCACAGCUGCAUGAAAGUGAUAAUGCUUCAAAAUGUAGUAACUGAAUUACACGCUAUUGGAAACUUUAGGAACAUAGCCAGAGACUUCUGGAAUGAACUGUGUUUAGUCUUUAGUACUGAACUGGACAAGAGUCCUUCCAAUGUAAGCCAGUCUAUUGAGAUAGACUAUGCUAAAUUGUUGAAAUGCUUCAAUGAUUUGUUGUCUAAACUAAAAUACAAGAAUCUAGAAAUGAAUCGAUCAUAUUUUACAAAAUGGGAGAAUUCCUUCUUAUCCAAAUCUCUGGCAAAGCUCUUAGAACCUGUAAGAAGUAUGUGGCAUCUCAACCAAGUGCCGAAUAUGGACCAAAUUGACAAUGCAGUUAGAGUUAUAGCUGAGGCACUCAGUAUUUCUCUUGGAGACAAACAACUAAGCAUUAGUCUCGCUUAUAGUGUUGCAAAAAGCAUAAAACAAAUGCUAGUUGAGACAGAACAGCGACUGUCAAUGGACAGUGACGUCGCUCAGAUCAUAGAAGCACCCACUAGUACACAACAGAAGAAUGCUGAUCUAUGCAAUGCUCUGUAUUACUUCUCAUCACAAAUCAACAGAGUUCUCAACAACAUGAACUCAAUUCUUCCACCAGAGAGCAUACAAAUUGUACAAAACAGCUUAAAAGACAUAUCUAGCUUGCCAAUUCUUCAAUUAUAUGCAGAGUCUAUUAAAAAUUCUCUCUUCAUUAUUCUUAUGACCAUGCAUGAUGAACAGGAAUUCAGUCGAAGUGACGACCCAAGCAAUAAAACUAUUUCAUGCUCACCGUACAUGAAAGAACUGCAACAGUUUGUAUCACGCUGCAAAGAUUUAUACCUCUCAAUGUUUCACGAGAAAUCGGCGCUUAAUGAAUGUUGUGUUACAAUAUCGAAAGCCUGUAUUGAACGGUUCAUACAUCACGCGUGCAACAUCCAUCCUCUAAGCGCAUAUGGCCGUGCAAAACUACAGGCCGACUGCAAGCAAUUGGAAGUAUCCCUAUCCCCAUUGAUAACUGAUAUGAUGGAUUUAGGAGACCACUAUCGUCAGUUAAAAGCACUGCAAUUGCUUUUAGAAAAAACACCUCAAGAAGUCGCUAAAAGCCAGAAUGAGGGUGCUUCUUUACCAUAUUCGUUAGUCAUGAUGUUUUUAUUCUCACAUGCUGGGCCUCAGCUAUUAGCUCCCCAUGUAUGUGCAGGAUGGAACAUACAAAAACUCAUGCAAUGGUUGGAUUCGCAUAAAAACGAAAAGGACAGGCUUGAAUUUGUUGCGGGCGCUUUACAGAGGUACCAAAACCAUGUCAGACAGAACCAAAUCACUACAUAUGAUGAAGUAUAUCCCAUAUUACUACAGCUUCUUGAUGAUGGAAGGAAAAUUUUUAAGAAAUAAACUAUUGUUAUUUAUAAUUAGUUACGAAGUAAUAUUUAAGUGCAAUAAUGUAAAAAAUAAAAAACAUGUUAUAUGAAAUUAUUUAUUAAUAAAAUUGUCUUAUUUACAA